ACAGAUCAAUGACAUCUCACCCAUGGAGUCAAUAUGUCAUGGAUUGAGACAAUUUGCAUAUCCACAGAUAUUACAGGAGGCUACAUUUUGUAUUGUGUUACGUGGUGCUAGACUGGGUCAGACUGCAUUGAGUGAUGCUUUGAAGGCUGGCUGUAUUCCUGUUGUACUGAGUGAUACCUAUGUACUGCCAUUCUCACAAGUGUUAGAUUGGAAAAGAGCAGCUAUACGAUUAAAUGAAGAAGAUUUAGACCAGGUAGCUAGUGUCUUAAGAAGUAUAUCUCCAACCAGAAUUAACUCUCUACGUAAACAAGUCACAUUCUUCUGGAACACUUAUUUCAAGUCCAUGAAAAACAUUGCCAUGACAACCCUGAAAAUUAUUAAUGAUAGAGUGUUUCCAUAUGCUGCUACCCCCUAUGAAGAUUGGAAUGACCCACCACCAAAAAUUGGUGUUACCAGUCCACUAUUUUUACCAUUAAUACCACCAAGAACGCAAGGCUUUACUGCUGUUAUACUGACCUAUGAUAGAGUGGAAAGUCUAUUUACAGUCAUCAUGGAAAUUAGUAAAACACCUAGUCUCUCUAAAGUACUUGUUGUAUGGAACAACCAACUUAAACCUCCCCCAUCAGCUCCAGAAUGGCCAAAAAUAAAUAAACCACUGAAGGUAGUACAGACAAAAGAAAACAAACUAAGUAAUCGAUUCUAUCCCUAUGAUGAGAUUGAAACAGAAGCUGUGUUAGCAAUCGAUGAUGAUAUCGUUAUGUUGACAGCAGAUGAACUUGAGUUUGGAUUUGAGGUUUGGAGAGAAUUCCCGGAUAGAUUGGUUGGUUAUCCAGGAAGAGUUCAUCUAUGGGAUGAUGAGACUGGUAAAUGGAAAUAUGAAUCCGAGUGGACCAACGAUAUAUCUAUGGUUUUAACCGGUGCAUCAUUUUAUCAUAAGUAUUUUAAUCAUCUAUACACCAAUGCUAUGCCUGGUAAUAUCAAGUCAUGGGUGGACGAUCACAUGAAUUGUGAAGACAUCGCUAUGAACUUUGUAGUCGCUAACCAUACCGGUAAACCGCCAAUUAAAGUCACACCAAGAAAAAAAUUCAAAUGUCCAGAAUGUACCGGUGAUCAGGUGAUAUCUGCUGAUCAAUCACAUAUGGUGGAAAGGUCAGAGUGCAUCACAAAGUUUUCUGAAAUCUACCAGACAAUGCCGCUGAAAACUGUGGAAUUCCGGGCUGAUCCGGUGCUGUAUAAGGAUCCAUUCCCAGAAGAGCUGAAGCGAUUCAAAGAUAUUGGAAGUCUUUAAAUAUCUUGUGAUUCUUUAUGAUUAUAGAACUGUGCUAAAAAAUGUAAAUUUAUUUAUUCAUAUCUGUCUACCCCAUUCAGAAUAGACUAUUUCUAAUGGUAUAGCCAUCUACCCCAUUCAGAAUAGACUAUUCCUAAUGGUAUAGCAAUCUACCCCAUUUAAAAUGGACUAUUCUCAAUGGAUGAAACCUAUCAUUGAAUGAUUAUGGUUCCUACUACUCUGUCCUGAAGGCAAUUUUUUAACCUGACAUUUUAUUGUACAAACAGUGGCUUAUAUUGAGACGUGUCUUUCGAGACAAACUAAUAAUCAUUGUUUUUAUCACUACACUGUACGCAUGUUAGCCAAUAUUUGCAUAUAAGUAUACUUGAUUAUUAGACGUGUGCUUCUAAUAGAGAAAAUACUGUGUUUACAUAAUGCAGUAUAAUUUGUACAUAAGCUGCCACUUAUUUUGAGUGAUUGUGACCAUAUUUUAUUUACAACAUACGUGUAUACUUUCCCAUAGUGAAUUCACUUUGCUUUGGAAGCUGUAUUGUCAUCGGAUUAGUGUCAAUGUAUUAAUUAUCCACUGGGUUUUAAUUUCGCUAUUUACACUGAUAAGUAAAAUUUGCUAAAUUGAAUCCACACGAAAAUAUAACAUAUAUAACCCCUUGUUUUCACUUGCAAUUUUGAAAACUUAAAAUUGAAUAUGCCCAAAAUAAUUAAAAUUAAAUGCCAGUAAAAAUAUAUUUUACCCAAUGCUAUUGUAUACUAGUGUUUAUCUAACUAUUUUAUACUAGUCUGGCACAACAGAUGUUCUGUUACAGACAUUGUGGAACAUAAAUACCAUCUUUUCAUUAGCUAAUUUACAGUUGAGAAC